AUGUCGUCCCCUUCUGACAACUCCCGUCGCUCUGAAAUGCUCAGCAACCAACCUCCCCGCCUACAGCAACAAGGCGCGACAGUCGAAGCGAUCAAUACACCCCAAGCCCUCAAUCCCCAAGCCCUCAAUGAGGAAGCAGCUAGGGCAAGGGCCAUCACCGACCGAGUCCUCGCAAACUUUCGCAACGAAGCAGCUAGGAACCCCGCAGUCAGGAACGAGGCGACGGCGACCUCUCCCGACAACCUCAUCGAGACCAUGAACGCCACUCUGGACGCUAUCAGAGCUACCGCCGGUAACGAGCCUCCUCCCAGGCCCAUGAGAACCGCCCGUCAGACCGCCAUCGAGAAUCGUCUAGGUCGCCUAGAUGAAUUAAUCAGGGCUCUCCGGAGCCGCCUCCCGCCCAACCCCAAUUCCGCACCUCCGUACACGGAGCUACCAUCCGAGGGUGAAGUGACGAUGGCGAUGUCGGUGCCUGAGCCGGAGUACACCCCUCCGUACACUCCCCUGGGGCUGUUUGGGCAAGGUCAGAAGAGGAAGCGGGAGAGGGAAGUUGAUUAUGAGGAGGUGGAGGACGAUGUCGACGAGGAAGAUCGCGACUUCAGCAGAUCAUGCGCACCAUCACCUGAGACGGCAAUCCCGCAGAAAGAUACCGGCUGCCCUGACUUUGCGGUUGAAGACGACGGUGAUGUGAGCGACGAGGAGGAGCAACACCAGGAGGGAAAUAUUCAGGACGAGAACGACUCCGACUAG